AAAGUGGUCGUGGAGGGAAAGCUGGAGCAUAAAUAAGACGUUCCGGCUGCAGGUUAAAGUGCUGCCGGUGAUGCUGAGUGACAGGCAGGGGGAGAGAGAGAGAGAUCCUCCACCGGAGCAGGAAGCUGCUGCUGGGACUGCCGAGAAGACACAGAGGAGCUACAAAACAACGUCGACAUCAGCGGGGCUUCCACCAUCAUGUAGACCCAACACAGCCACAGCCACAUCCAGCCCCGCAACACGAGUCGAUGUCCCGGAGGCUGCAGCAGCGCUGAAAACAAAAAGUGUUAUUUUGCACGGUGAUAAUGAAGGAGCUGAAGGGCUGCGGUAUGCGCUCCUCAGUGGGCUUUCUGUCCCGCAGAGAGCUCACCGGGCAGCCGCUCCUGAAGGAUGAGUUCCAGAGACGCAGGAUGGCCGGCUGCACCAGCCUCUACAAGAAGGAUAUGCUCGGUCACUUCGGCUGUGUCAACGCCAUUGAGUUCUCGAACAACGGCGGGGAAUGGCUCGUGUCUGGAGGAGACGACCGCCGGGUGCUCCUGUGGCACAUGGAAGAAGCCCUCCAUGCUCGGGCCAAGCCUGUGAAGCUGAAGGGCGAGCACCUGUCCAACAUCUUCUGCCUGGCCUUCGACAGCACCAACACAAGGGUCUUCUCUGGAGGAAACGAUGAGCAGGUGAUUCUUCACGAUGUGGAGAGAAUGGAAACUCUGAACGUGUUCCUGCACAUCGACGCCGUGUACAGUUUGUCCGUCAGCCCGGUCAAUGACAACGUGUUCGCCAGCUCAUCGGACGACGGACGCGUUCUGAUCUGGGACACGCGUGAGCCGCCGAGUGCAGAGCCGUUCUGCCUGGCCAGCUACCCGUCGGCCUUCCACAGCGUCAUGUUUAACCCCGUGGAGCCGCGGCUCAUCGCCACCGCCAACUCCAAGGAGGGAGUUGGAUUAUGGGACAUCCGCAAGCCACGCAGCUCCUUGCUGCGUUAUGGAGGCAGCAUGUCUCUGCAGAGCGCCAUGAGCGUCCGCUUCAACAGCACCGGCACCCAGUUGCUGGCGCUGCGGCGCCGCCUGCCGCCCGUCCUCUACGAGCUGCACUCCCGCCUGCCCAGCUUCCAGUUCGACAACCAGGGAUACUUCAACUCGUGCACCAUGAAGAGCUGCUGCUUCGCCGGAGACAAAGAUCAGUACAUCUUGUCAGGCUCCGAUGACUUCAACCUCUACAUGUGGAAAAUCCCAAAGGACCCAGAAGCAGGAGGCGCAGGGCGAGUGGUAAACGGGGCGUUCAUGGUCCUGAAGGGUCACCGCUCCAUCGUGAACCAGGUGCGCUUCAACCCGCACACCUACAUGAUCUGCUCCUCCGGCGUGGAGAAAGUCAUCAAGGUGUGGAGUCCCUACCAGCAGCCCGAGAGUCUGGGCGACCUGGAGGGCCGCGUGGAGGAUAAGUCCCGCAGCCUGUACACCCACGAGGAGUACAUCAGCCUGGUGCUGAACAGCGGCAGCGGUCUGUCCCACGACUACGUCAGCCAGUCCAUCCAGGAGGACCCGCGCAUGAUGGCGUUCUUUGACUCGCUGGUGCGUCGAGAGAUCGAGGGCUGGAGCUCCGACUCUGACAGCGACCUGAGCGAGGAGGCCAUCAUGCAGCUCCACGCCCGGGGACGCCGCGUCACGAGGCCCCCGCCGACUCCUCCCAUCGCCAUCGCCGCCUGCGCCUCCCAGAGCGACUCCGAUAACUCGUCGUCCUCCUCGCUGGCGGGACUGGAUGCCUCAGGGGGAGAACCUGGAGCGGAGGUGGAGGAGCGGCCUCGGAGACGCGGCAGGCAGCGGCGCCACCCGUCCGGCUUCCUUGUGAACGAGGACUCGGACUCCAGUGAGUUUUGGCUCGACCCCGUGCCGCGGCCCCGCUCCCCGAGCCCCAGGGACAACUCCACGCUGUCCAGCCCCGCCACCUCUCCGUCACUUCCCGCCGGAGCCUCCAGCUCCUCCACAUCCACCUCCAGCUCCAGCAGCGAGGACGAGGAGCGGCGCAGCGCGGUGAGGCGGCGCAACGUCAUGAGGCGCCGACGCAUGCACGUCGUCUCCAGAGCCGGGGACCGACCCGAGUCCGUGCAGACUCUGUUCUCCGCCAUCGACUCCUGCAAUUACCCGUCGAUAUCCGUCGACGACCUGACUUCCUCCUCGUCGGGCGAGGUGCAGAACUCGCUCCAAAUGAAACCCAGAGACCCCGAGAAGCGUCUGAGCCCGUCUGACUUUGUGUGCCUGAGCCCGGUGAUGUCCCCCGACAGCCAGGAGCACGAGGGAGCGAGCGAGAGGACCGAGCCGGAAAGACGUCCGGCCGCGUCUCUGGACGGACUCAGGACCGGAGGACGGGUCAGUUCUGACGGCGGAGAGGCGUGUAGCAGCUCGCUGGCGUUAGACUCCCCGAGCCGGCGGAGCCCCGGAGCCAACGGGCGACACAGGACCGUAGCGCCUCACGUGAGAGAGACCCUCCACGUGUCCUCAGAAUCAGAGGACGACGCCAGGCCGCAGAGAGAAAAGGCCCAGAGCGCUCUGAAGCGGACUCGUGUGGGCUCAGAGGAGGGCUGCUCUCCCUCAGAGAAGAAGUUCAGAACAUAACGACGCUCUCGGGAACAGACUUGAUUUCUAUGGUUUAUACAACGCAGCCUUUCCUCCGACUCUGAGUCUGAGCAGAAGAUGUUGAGGGAAUAAAGAAGUGAUUGUCAUCGUGCUCUGGUCAAACCAGAGAUGACAGUAAAGCAAAAUAAAACCAGUUAAAGAUGUUUAACGUUUGUUUUCAUGCCGUUCCUUCUGUGGCUGCAGAACGUGGAGCUCCUGCAGAACUUGGAAGCUCCUGCAGAACGUGGAGCUCCAGCAGAACGUGGAGCUCCAGCAGAACGUGGAGCUCCAGCAGAACGUGGAGCUCCUGCAGAACGUGGAGCUCCUGCAGAACGUGGAAGCUCCUGCAGAACGUGGAGCUCCAGCAGAACGUGGAGCUCCAGCAGAACGUGGAGCUCCUGCAGAACGUGGAGCUCCUGCAGAACGUGGAGCUCCUGCAGAACUUGGAAGCUCCUGCAGAACGUGGAGCUCCAGCAGAACGUGGAGCUCCAGCAGAACGUGGAGCUCCAGCAGAACGUGGAGCUCCUGCAGAACGUGGAGCUCCUGCAGAACGUGGAGCUCCUGAACGUGGAGCUCCUGCAGCCACAGAACAGAACCUCUUCUGGAGGACAAAAGCUUUGCAGCAUUUUAACUCCAGUUUGAAACUGAGCGUGAAUGUGAUUUACUGGCUUCUUACUUUAAGCCUGACUGAUGUCUCGGCGUCUGAAGAACUGUGUGAAAUCUUAAAAGCACUUUUUGUUUUAAGCUGUGCAUUGAAAUGAUGCGUUCAGUGUCUCCACCGAUUGUUUCCUUUUGUCUCGUUGUGGCGCCGCUGGGUGCGUCGCAGGCUGGCGCUCGCUUCUGUCUUCUUGCAAUUAAAGAAAUGAUCUGUUCUGAAGAGA